GGCCAAGCGCCGCCGCCGCCGCCGCAGAGCCGCCGCUGCCGCUGCCGCCGCCGCCACCGAGGCGCGCCGGGCAAUGCCGCGCCGGGCCCGGGGCCAGCGCCAGCGCCCCCGGGAGCCGUCCGAGGAUGGUUCCCCCGCCACCUGUCAGCAAGCCCCAUGUGUGCCUCUCCACUGUGCUCAUCAUGAGCAGCCUCGUCCUUAUGGACGCUUACCUGGUGGAGCAGAGCCAGGGCUCCAGGAAGCUGGGCAUCUGCGUCAUGGUGGCAGUGGGUGACGCGUGCUUUCUGCUGGUGCUCCGCUACGUGGCCAUCUGGGUCGGGGCGGAGGUAAAGACAGCCAAGCGGGGCUAUGCCAUGAUCCUCUGGUUCCUGUAUGUCUUCGUUCUGGAGAUCAAAGUCUAUUUUGUCUACCAGAACUAUAAAGCUGACCGGAAAAGCCUGGACCUCAUGGCCCGCAAAGCACUGACCUUGCUGCUCUCCAUCUGCAUCCCAGCCCUCUACGUGUUGUUGGUGGCCACAGAGCACAUGGAGUACGUCAGGACAUUCAAGAAGAAAGAGGAUCUCCGCAAUCGUCUCUUCUGGGUCAUUGUGGACAUGCUGGACGUGCUGGACAUCCAGGCCAACCUGUGGGAGCCCCAGAAGAAGGGGCUGCCACUCUGGGCUGAGGGCAUCAUGUUCUUCUACUGCUAUAUCUUGCUCCUGGUUCUCCCCUGUGUAUCCCUCUGCGAGAUCAGCAUGCAAGGGAUUGGCAUCAUGCCACAUCGGAUGAUGCUGUACCCCAUGCUAAGCAUGCUCACUGUCAACAUCACCACCAUCUUCAUCCGAGGCAGCAACAUGGUCUUCUUCAGGGACACCCGUGUCUCCAGCAUCUUCAUGGGCAAGAACAUGCUGGCUAUUGGACUGAAGAUCUGCAUGUUUGUGCAGUACCAGCGACACAGGCACCAUGCGACACUGGGGCCAGGCCCAGCCCCACAGCAUGGCUCCCAGGCCCAGCCUCCUUCUCCUGGGCUGCAUAAGUCUCGGGACUGGCCUGCCUGCCCCGAGGAGCUGACCCAGGACAACACGUGACAACCAGCAGGAGCCACAGCCUGGGCAUUGCUAUGCUUGGCCAUCGUUGCAAAUCAUGCGAUUUCCCACGAUGAGGGGAAUGACCCUGCUCCUGUCCCCAAGGGGAGCAUGGGGGCAGGGAGGCAGCCUCCAUGAGGCUGCAGAGCAGUUUAGGACUUCAACACCCCACCUGGCAAGAUGGGUAUCUGAUGGCAUGAGGUGGUCAGGUUUGUCUACAGUGUGCCAUAUCUCCCUGGGGCAUCCUGGGGCCAUGCAGCCAUCCGCUGUAGGGGAUGGACACUGCCCCUCCCCCCUGCUGGCCCCCCCACCCCCAGUCCUUGCUCCCAACAUGGCACUGCCCUCCAGCCGGCCAGGGUGAGGCUGAGGAGGGUGUGCAGGGACACUGGGGAUUGCCUGCUCUGCCUGUGCUGUUUGCCCCAGCUCCAGGUUGGCUCACUGCUUCACUGCAGCCUGCCCCUGCUGCAAGAGCCAGGGUCCCUGGGGCAGCAGGAGCAAGGCCUGAUCCCCACCCCGGCCAUCCCUUCCAGACAACCACAGGCUGGGGGGGGCUCAGUGAGGGUCACCGUCUUUUUUCAUAUUUUCUCCUUUGCAAUAAAAGAAGACCUGAAC